UUAUUUCAAGUAACAAUGAUUUUCCAAACAGAUACCAAAUGAAAUUAUUAUAAGAAAAAAAUAGAAAAGAAAGAAGAAGAUGAGCAAGUCUUUUAUUAGUGAUCACAAAUUGAACUGUUCCAUUAUUGAUGUUUUCUCCAGCAGCGAUAGUAGUAGUAUAUUUACUCUUCCAGUGAAGUGUGGGGAUGAGAAGGAAAGUGAACAACAAAGGGUAGUGGUUCUUCUACUAUUUUCCAUCGAGGCCCAUUUAUUACAUUUUAUUGGUUACAUAGUUGUUUUGAAAAGACUCGAGUCGAGGGUUGGAUUGCCUCAGAUCCAAGGUACUUAAGUUUUAUGUGACAAAAGGCUACCAUCUUUUUCAGGGUCUUGUGUUUCUUGCCACUUUUUUGGGCAUGCUGCUUCUUUAUAAUUUUACAUGACCUUUUUCCUUUGUACCUCCCUUUUCUUGUGUUUAAUUGAUUCAAUUUAUCAAAGCUUUAUUCUGGGUUUUGAGUGGAUUAGGCAGAGAAAUCUCCCUUACCUUUUUGGUGCAAUUUUUCACCAAAAAGGUAUUUACUAGUUUUGUGUUACCAGAUCUGACUGCAAAAUUGGCAUUUCAUGAAUCAGAGGUAGGGGGUUUCUAGGAAUGGAAAACGGUGUGAUGAAGCUCAUGAGAAGAUUAUUACUGUUGAUACAAAGGAAAAGCGAUCUAUUAGUUUGACAAUGACAGGUUAUGUGAUGUUACAAGAUAGUGAUUUUGAUGGACCAGAUGUAUUUGGCGGUUGGUCUGCCAUUUAGAUUAGGUAAUUUCAUCUGUCACAACCAAACUAUAGCUACUCAAAUGGAUGUCACUAGCCUAAAGUCAAUGGGUGACGACGUUACAAGUUUGUUUCCAGAUUCUGGCUAUGAUGAUUCAGAGAAAGACGUCAGUAUUACUGCAUCUGAAGAAAGUAGUAGGUGCCAAGGUCCUCCGUUGUUGCUACAUAUGAUAUCUGAAAAUGAAAGCAGCAACUGGAUUGCUGGUGUCAGGGAAAGUGAGGAUGACGAGAUCCUAUCAUUCGAUGGUGAUCAAAUUCUUGAUAGCUCCUGUUCCUUGUCCGUGGUGAGUGAUUCCAGUAGUUUAUGUGCUGAUGAUUUUAUGAGUUUUGAGCUAGCAUCUGACAUAGACGGUCAGAAUUUGGUAGAUGCUGAGAAAAGCAUUUGCAAUGUCAAACUUAUAGCUAAGACUGGAGAUCUGGUAGAGUCAGGUGGUCAGGAGACAGCGAACAAGCCUCUGGCAGUUGCAGAAAAACUUGAUGAGCAGAGUACGGAUGUUUCCAGCUCAAAAUCAUCUGAAGUUGUUGUUCAGCUACCUCUAAAUAAAAGAUUAAGUGCAGCAGUUGGCCGCAGUAUUUUUGAAGUGGAUUAUAUACCCCUUUGGGGAUUUACAUCUGUAUGUGGAAGGAGACCAGAAAUGGAAGAUGCGCUUGCAACUGUUCCUAGGUUCUUGAAAAUUCCUCUACAGAUGCUAGUUGGGAAUCGUGUGCCAGAUGGAAUGACUAGGUGCUUAAGUCAUUUGACAACUCAUUUCUUUGGAGUUUAUGAUGGCCAUGGUGGCUCUCAGGUGGCAAAUUACUGUCGUGAUCGAAUUCACGUUAUAUUGGCUGAGGAGCUGGAGACCAUUAUGGCAAAUCUCAAUGAUGAAAAUAUUAGGCAAAAUUGCCAGGAUCAAUGGAAAAAUGCAUUUACCAACUGUUUUCUCAAGGUUGAUGAUGAGAUUGGAGGGGCAGGAAAUCAUGAGGCUGUUGCCCCAGAAACUGUAGGCUCCACGGCCAUUGUCGCCAUUGUUUGUUCAUCGCACAUAAUAGUAGCAAACUGUGGUGAUUCAAGGGCUGUUCUGUGCCGUGGAAAAGAACCCAUGGCAUUGUCAGUGGAUCACAAACCAAACCGAGAAGAUGAAUAUGCAAGGAUUGAAGUUGCUGGAGGGAAGGUUAUACAGUGGAACGGGCAUCGAGUUUUUGGUGUUCUUGCUAUGUCUAGGUCUAUUGGGAAAAAAGAUCGAACUAGUCAACAAUCAUUUAAUAUCAGAAAUACUUGGAAGAUUUUAUGAUGAGAGUAUUCCAAUUUGACAACAAAGUGCCAUACUGAAAUGUCGGAUAAUAUGGGUAUCUAGAGACUAUGGAUUGUGUGGGGGGAGGGUGACAGGACUUGGUUGUUAAGGCUUGAAACCCACUUUUUAUCUGUUUAUCCAUUUUUUACUGCAGGGUACAUGGGUUAAUCAAUAUUUGACCUGAUCUAAAUGAAUCAAAUAUCCAAUUUUUUGUUUUUGACUGGCUGGGGUUAGACGGAUACGUAGUAUUUUGUCCAUUUUUGCCAGCAAUAAUUGUGGCCACAGGCACACACUUCAAUUAAUGAUCUGCACUUUGAUCCUUCUUUCUUUUUUCCCUAAUCAUCACUUGUGUGACCCUGGUUAGUUCUACUGCUAAGCUAUGACCUUCAACUUGCUGAAGGUUAUAAGUAAAAUACUAAAAUUUUUUUAUAAAAGAUGCAUGGAAAUAUUUGGCACCUUCUUUGUCUCUGAUCAUCACUUGUCUGACCCAGUUUAGUGCAAUUGUUGAGCUAUGACCUUCGACUUGCUAAAAAUUAUAAUUAAAAAAUAAAACAAAAGACCCUUUGGAAUCUUCAGCUCCUCAUGUGUUUUCUGGUCAUAGCUUAUCUGAUCCUGGUUAGUGCGACUCUUGACCCUUUGACCUUCAACAUCCUUAGAGUGUAAAUUAGAACAAAACAAGAAAAGCCCGGGAACCUUCUGUAUCCUGGUCCUGGGGAGUUGCUCCUUUGAUGAUUUUUACCUUUUCAUUUCAUAUUGCUGAAAGAUUGCUUUGUGAUGAUGAGAAGGAAGCUCAUUUUGUCACGUCUGUCAGACAAUUCUUUCUAUACUUGUGAUUAAGUGCGCCCUUGCCAUCUAUAUGUAACUUGAAUUGUUAGAAUGUUCCUUUUCUCAUUUUAUCUUCAAUCCAGCAUUGCAUAAAUGACCAACAAAUUGUAAAUCUGUGCUGAAGACUGGCUUUGCUUCUAGACAUGUGCAUUGACGUUUGUCACUGAAGGCUGAACAUGCAGGUUUGUAAAUUAAAGGGAUAUUCUAGUGCCUAUAAAAUGGAAGUUGGUGUUGAUCAUAUGUUCAUGUUUCUAAUGUCAUCUUGAAAGAUAUGGCUACAGUGAGGUUAAGUAAUUUAAGUUGCUGUACAUGAGUUCAUUAUUCCCGGAGGCUUAAUUAAACAUAUAUCUAGUAUUCCCAACUUUUGUCACGCAGUUGUUCAGGUAUGUCCAUGCUGGUGACUGAACAUCUCCGUCUUGAUGUAAGCUGUCUGUAAACUGUGAAAGGAUUACUCAGUGAGCUUGCCAGAAUAGUGUAAUGUGUAUUCAAUCUACAUUCUGCUUUUUCUUUUUUUCAUUUUGUUAUUUGACAUGAGAACUAUGAUAUAGCAAAUAACUUAGUAUUAUCAAGGUGUAUCUAUCUUGUUAGCGAUUGCUCAGUGAGCUUGCCAGAAUAGUGUAAUGUGUAUUCAAUCUACAUUCUGCUUUUUCUUUUUUUCAUUUUGUUAUUUGACAUGAGAACUAUGAUAUAGCAAAUAACUUAGUAUUAUCAAGGUGUAUCUAUCUUGUUAGCGAUGGUGGUGCCCUGGGACAUUUAUCACGUGGAUGGAUUUCAUUUGGGACUACAAUUUGACGCAUUAGAUGUGCAUUUGCAUGAACCUUUUUCACUAAUACUACUAAUGAAGCUUUUUCAUUUAUUUGUUCUGGUUUGCAGGAGAUAGAUACUUAAAGCCCUGGAUAAUUCCUGAUCCAGAAGUAAUGUUUAUACCUCGAACCAAGGAUGACGAAUGCCUUAUCCUUGCAAGUGAUGGUUUAUGGGAUGUCAUGACGAAUGAAGAGGUCUGUGAUUUGGCUCGCAAGCGCAUACUCCUAUGGCAUAAAAAGAA